AUGGAUCUUCUUUUUCUUCUUCAGUGCCUUCUCUUCUUCACUUCGCAUCACGCAAAUGCCCUCAAUGCUUCAAUUUCUCGUGACGCAUUGUCCCUUCUCUCUUUCAAACGCUUCGUCUCUUCCGACCCUUCCAACCUCCUCGCUGGUUGGACCAAGCAAACCUCCUCCAAUAUCUGCAGCUGGAGCGCCGUCGCGUGCGGCAGCGCCGGGAUCCCCUCUGGCCUAGUCACCGCCCUCAACAUUACCGGUCUCGGCGGCGGCCAGUUGUCGCCCUCUGUCGGCGACUUGUCCGAGCUCCGCGUCCUAUCCCUCGCCGGAAACAUGUUCUCCGGCGAGAUUCCGGCUAGCGUAGGGAAUCUCCGGUUUCUCGAGGUCCUCGAGCUGCAAGGGAACAACUUUUCAGGGACAGUCCCGACCCAGAUGAGUUUUGCUUUUCUUCAGUCUCUUAAACUUGUUAACCUCUCUGGUAAUGCCUUCUCUGGUUCGAUUCCGAGUGGGAUUAUUGGCUCUGGGAGUGUGAAAAUCGUUGAUUUGUCGAAUAAUCAGUUUUCUGGUGUGAUUCCUGUGAAUGGUACUUGUGAUUCGUUGAAGCAUUUGAAGUUGUCUCAUAACUUUUUGACUGGGGAGAUUCCACCCCAAAUUGGGAAAUGUAGAAAAUUGAGGACCCUUUUGGUCGAUGGGAACAUCUUGGAAGGUAGAAUCCCUUCUGAGAUUGGCCAUAUUGUUGAACUGAGAGUUCUGGAUGUUUCUAGAAACUCCCUCACUGGAAGGAUCCCCAAGGAGUUGGCUAAUUGUGUGAAACUGUCUGUGCUUGUGCUUACUGAUUUGUUUGAGGAUCGUGAUGAAAGAGGAUUGGAGGAUGGCUUUAGAGGAGAGUUUAAUGCCUUUGCUGGGAACAUACCUCAUCAAGUGUUGCUGCUUUCAAGUCUAAGGGUGUUGUGGGCGCCAAGAGCGAAUCUUGGUGGACGGUUGCCAAGUGGCUGGUCGGAUUUGUGUUCUCUGAGGGUGCUCAAUUUGGUGCAGAAUUAUGUUACCGGUGUCUUGCCUGAGAGUUUGGGGAUGUGUAGGAAUUUGAGUUUCUUGGACUUGAGCUCUAAUAAUUUGGUGGGGUAUCUGCCUUCUUUGCAGCUUCAUAUUCCUUGUAUGGUGUACUUUAAUGUCAGCAGGAAUAAUAUAUCUGGCACUCUUAAAGGAUUUAAGAAAGAAAGCUGUGGUGUGAGUGCACUAGACCCUUCAUUCCUAGGAUUGGAUGGUUUUAGUGAUGAUGCAUACUUUAAUUUUCCUGUUUUGAGGUUUCAAAAGAAUGCUUUCAUUGGAUCAGGUUUUAAGGAUAAUAACAUUAUUGUUGUUAGCCAUGAUUUCAGUUGGAAUAGUUUUGUGGGAUCCUUGCCUUUGUUCUCUCUUGGAGAUAGCCUUCUUAAUUCCAAUCUUAAAGUCUCCUAUGCACUGUCUCUCAAUAAUAAUAGGUUCAAUGGAACUCUACCAUACCAGUUAGUUUCAAACUGUAAUGACCUCAAGACAUUGUCAGUUAACUUGAGUGUGAACCAACUAUCGGGUGGGAAUUUCCAAACAUCGGUUUUGGAGUGCCUGAAGUUGACAGAUUUUGAAGCAGCCUACAACCAGAUUGAUGGGUCAAUUGGACCAGGUAUAGGUAACUUGACGAUGCUUCAGCAUCUUGAUUUAAGUGGGAACAAGCUAUCUAGAUCACUGCCUAAUCAGUUGGGAAACCUACAAAACAUGAAAUGGAUGCAUCUGGGAGGAAACAAUCUAACAGGAGAAAUUCCUUCCCAACUUGGCCAAUUGACUUCACUUGCUGUUUUGAAUCUGUCUCACAAUGCUCUAGUUGGUUCAAUUCCUGCGAGUUUGUCAAAUGCCAAAAGUUUUGAAACUCUGUUGGUGGACCACAACAAACUUUCUGGAGAAAUACCUUCAGCUUUUUCUUCUCUUUCCAAUCUUGUUCAGCUGGAUGUUUCUUUUAACAAUCUUUCUGGUCAUAUUCCUCGUCUUCGACACCCAAGUGACUGUGAUUCCUAUAAAGGAAAUCCACACCUGCACCCUUGCCCUGAUCCAUAUUCUGAUUCACCUUCUUCUCUUCCAGUACCCCUUGAAAUCCAGCAUCAUCAUGCACAUAGAGGGAGGAAAUUAAGAACAUUGGUUAUUGCUGUGGUCACUUCUGCUACUGUGGUGCUCUGCACACUUCUGGGAAUAGUAUUGGUCAUAUUUUCUGGUAGGAGUAAAUUUGGUCGGCUUAGCAGUAUAAGAAGGCGACAGGUAGUGACCUUUCAAGAUGUUCCAACUGAACUGAGUUAUGACAGUGUGGCCACAGCCACUGGAAACUUCAGCAUCCGGCAUCUAAUUGGCACAGGCGGCUUUGGGUCAACGUACAAGGCAGAACUGUCCCCAGGCUUUCUUGUUGCCAUAAAGAGGUUGUCCAUAGGUAGAUUUCAAGGCAUCCAACAGUUUGAAACUGAAAUAAGGACACUAGGAAGAAUUCGACAUAAGAAUCUUGUGACUCUUAUUGGCUAUUAUGUAGGGAAGACUGAAAUGUUCUUAAUUUACAACUACCUUUCUGGUGGGAACCUUGAAGCUUUCAUACAUGAUAGGUCAGGGAAAAAUGUUCAGUGGCCAGUUAUUUACAAAAUAGCAAAAGACAUAGCAGAGGCCCUUGCUUUCCUUCACUACUCCUGUGUUCCUCGCAUUGUUCACCGGGAUAUCAAACCUAGCAACAUUUUACUUGAUGAAUAUCACAAUGCCUACCUGUCAGAUUUUGGCUUGGCACGACUGCUUGAGGUAACUGAGACCCAUGCCACCACUGAUGUUGCAGGCACAUUUGGUUAUGUAGCACCAGAAUAUGCCACCACUUGCAGGGUUUCUGACAAAGCAGAUGUCUACAGCUUUGGUGUAGUGUUAUUAGAAUUGAUGUCUGGAAGAAAGUCACUUGAUCCAUCUUUUUCUGAGUAUGGAAAUGGAUUCAACAUUGUACCAUGGGCAGAGCUGCUAAUGACCGAAGGCCGUUGUUCUGAGCUAUUUUCUUCUACUUUGUGGGAAGCAGGGCCUAAGGAAAAAAUGUUGGGGCUUUUAAAGCUUGCAUUAACAUGCACGGAAGAGACUCUUUCUAUUCGACCAUCAAUGAAGCAGGUUCUUGAGAAAUUGAAACAUUUGAAAAAUUGA